AUCCUUGUCCCAGAAGCUGCUACUUUUCCUAACAAUUCAUCUCUAAGCAUCAAUCUUUCUGCAACAGCAUCACUCUUCCUUGGUAGUUUUUGAUGGUUCUGGUGGAGGUACUUUAACAAUACUUAGUUGGCCGCCAUCCUUGGUAGCCACUGUGGCUGCUUUUAUCUCAUUACAAUGGUUUAUGAACUUGGUCAGCUCCUGGACUCAUGAGAAAAAAACAUGACUUAAAUUGGCAAGUCGGAUGAAGCAUAGUAAUACCACUCCAAAAAACUUCCUAAAUAGCACUUUCUCAUCGUGUGUCAGUGUUGGUGGUGUGGGGUGGGGGUAGAGAAGCAUAACAUUAACGUAGCUUGUUGUUUAGAGAAGCGAAUGUUGCCAAUGCAAGUUUUAAAGUAGCAAUGCAAUUUUUAAAAAUCUAAGACCAAACCAAUAAGAGCCAUGGCCGUCGUCGAUCUUCAUCAUCUUCUCUCCUUCAUUGCUGCCGAACCCCUUCCUCACCAAAGUCGUGACCCUCCCUUCCUCAUUGCUGCCGAAUCUCUUUCCUCACCAAAGCCAUGGCCGUUGAGCAUUCCAGAUCUAACAAAUCAUGAAGCGUCAAUCUUCAUCAUCUUUUCUCCUUCAUUACUGUCGAACCGCUUCCUCACCAAAGCCAUUACCCUAUCUUUCUCAUUGUUGCCGAAUCUCCUUCCUCACCAAAGCCAUGGCCGACUAAUCUUAACCCAAGAAAGAUUUGGGUAUGCUCCAGCUACUCAACUUUGGAGAGGUAGACUCCAUGUGAUGGGUGGCAGCAAGGAGAAUCGACAUACACCAGGAUUAGAGCAUUGGAGUCUUGCUGUUAAGGAUGGAAAACCUUUAGAGAAUGAGUGGAGGAAUGAGAUACCUAUGACAAAUGGUGGACCUCACAGGGCCUGUAUUGUUGUUAACUAUCAUCUUUAUGUUAUUGGUGGUCAAGAAGGUGCUUUCAUGGCAAAACCUGGAUCGCCUAUUUUCAAGUGUUCUCGCAGGGAAGAGGCAUUGAUCAAAAAGACCAAUCUUAACCCAAGAAAGAUUUGGGUAUGCUCCAGCUACUCAACUUUGGAGAGGUAGACUCCAACAAAAAUUUUCAAAGACGUUAUUCAAUGCUCGAAAAGUCAGAAUUUUGUGUUCUUGAAUUUGGUUUUCAAUAAGUAUUAUGAAGUUUGCUUUUCACAUCUCUUACUUCUAACAUUUUUUAAUGUUUUGUUUAGGGGGGGAGGAUUCAAGCAACUCUUAGGGCUUCUUUGCGUUGUAAGGAUGCUUUUACUGAAGGAGGAGUUUAUAUAAUUUCGAAUUUUGAUGUUUCUUUGAAUUAAGAUCCUUAUAAGCCAACCACACAUAAAUAUAAGACUGUUUUUAAU